GAGUACAGCUUCGAAGCAAUUUUGCUGCGGUGCUAUGGAGAACGUGGCAAGGCGCACGGCGCCAUGAAAUCGGAAUUUUUACGGCCACUCCUCUUCUAUUUGUUUGCGCAGGUGUUGCCGACUGACGAAGCGGUGCAGUACACGGUGUCGCACAAUAGUCCGAAAGAGAAGUAUCCGAAACGGCCCAGCUCCUUCGUUGGAGCAGUCCUUGUUUGUUUUACAGGUUACAAGAACGCGGGCUUCGGAAUACCGACUGACGUUCGCACGGAGCUAUUAGCGGAGGAGACUGCGUUUGCUCGAUCAAUAGCACACCUGACAUGCGUACGGACGACAGUACUGGUAAGCUUGAGUUAUCAGUCGAGUUAA